AUGAAAAUCAUCGAACUUCCCUGCGAACUUGUGGAGCGCAUCUUCGAGUAUCUUGUUAGUGAUGUCGGCCCACUUUUUGCUUCACAAUAUCGCCUUGUUUGCCGUACUAGGCUAUUUGCACAUGAAAUCCAAGAGCAAAUCCUCAAGCGCCAACCACUCAUCGCGUAUUCCGAAGAUAGACGCAAACUGGGGGACCCGGCAGACCGUCACAUUACCAUUGCUAUUGACAAUGCACGCUUUGACAAACUCUUCGCGCAACAUGGCAGCACCAUAAUCGGAAACGAAGUCCUCCGCAGACAGCAGCAUGAUUCGCUACCAGCCAUCAAGUAUCUGAGAGAUCUUGUGGACGCGGUUUUGAAUCUCGAGGAUGAAGCCGUGACCGAUGACUUGCGCAAAAAAUACACCAUGGAAAUCUGCCACGCCGUCUCCAACAGAAACGCCAAAGGACUCCGCUAUCUACUCUUCUCAAACUCUCUCAUGGCCAAAAUGUGGCCGUCCAUAACUUUCACCCUCCCCUCUGCCCUCGCAGCUACAAAGCAAAACUCGCGCCUCAUAGAUCAAACUCGCGAUAAUCCCGCCAUCCUCCGCAUACUGUGUCCGUGCGCGGAAUGCGCGGAUUCGCGCAAUGCGCCGAACCACCAAAAACAGCUCCACCAAAAUUGA